GGCAUUAAACAAGUGGGAGGCGCCAACAUGGCGGCCUUAAGCAUCGGCUCGCUGUUGUUUUGUUUCGCGUCAUUCUCUCUCCAAAUCUGUUCCUCCAAAUUCAUAUCCGAGCCUUGUUACAAACCUAUCGACGACGACAGACCAGCCUCGGUCAAGACUAAAGCCCGUCCACACGAGUAUGUGAACCAGUCGGAUCUUCCCCCGUCGUGGGACUGGAGGAACAUCGACGGCAAGAACUAUGUGAGCGUCACGAGGAACCAGCACAUCCCCCAGUACUGUGGCUCGUGCUGGGCCAUGGGAGCCACCAGCGCACUGGCAGAUCGCAUUAACAUCAAGCGUGGGGGAGCGUGGCCUUCAGCCUACCUCUCUGUGCAGAACGUCAUCGACUGCGGGAGGGCCGGCUCCUGCUACGGCGGGGACCACCUGAGAGUCUACGCUUAUGCGCACCAGAGAGGGAUCCCUGAUGAAACCUGCAAUAACUACCAGGCUGUAAACCAAAAGUGCGAGCUUUUCAACCAGUGUGGGACGUGCUCCUUCUUCGAGUCCUGCGCUGUGGUGCAGAACUUCACCCUGUGGAAGGUGGGAGACUACGGGGAAGUGUCGGGAAGAGAGCACAUGAAGGCAGAAAUCUACACCAAUGGGCCCAUCAGCUGCGCUCUGAUGGCGACCGACGGCCUGGAGGAAUACUCCGGGGGGGUUUUCUCCGAGUUUCACCCGCUCUCUCUGCCCAACCACAUCGUGUCGGUGGCGGGCUGGGGCGUGGACGGCGAGGGCACCGAGUACUGGGUCGUCAGGAACUCCUGGGGAGAGUUCUGGGGAGAACACGGCUGGGCCAGGAUCGUUACCAGCGACUAUAAGAGGGGGAAGGGCAACUGGUUCAACCUGGGGAUUGAGAAGAACUGCGUGUACGGAGACCCGGUCGUCGCUCAGGGGCCUCAUUAAGCCCACACGCCGCUUUUUUUCUGUUUAAAAAUUGCUAUUUUGUGAGAUUAAAAUUGAAUUAAACUUGUUUAUUUCAACUGCUUAUUCACUGAGUCUUUAUUUCUAAACUGUCAUAAAAAGAUGCAAAUGUGGAUUAAAGGGUUUUUUUAAGGAA